ACUUCCCAUUCUGUUCCUGUCCACGGUCUCCUCAAUGGUUCCGGCUUGCGUUCGCGUUUGCGUUGUGAAUGACGUCGCAGAAGGGCGGAGAAGGGCGGUGUGUGCUCGUGCGUCAGACUGUCUUUGCUGGGAGUUCUUCUCAUAACCGUGGAGCUUUCGCGGUUUUGUGUGGGGCGUGGGACGGCCAGUUAUCUUCCUGGCCGCUGGCAGGGAGCCGGAAGCGCUUCCUGCGACCCCGCACCUGCACCGGAAGUGCAAGCCUUGAGUCAGAGCGCUGCCUUAUGUAACUAGUCUCUAAUCUCACGCGUGGGUACGUGUGGUGGAGGGGACGUGUCUGCCCAGAAGGGAAGGCGGGCCCAGUCGUGUUAAACUGUGGCCCUGCCCCAGUUCUAGCUGCUUCCACUUACCUGUGUGUCUAAGGGCGAGGCGGUGGUUACUCCGCAUUCUUGCUUAUGCUGGUUUGAUCAGGAUGCUGUGAGAACUCUUUUUAGUGGGAGAAAGGGGGAGUUGGAGCCCGGAGCUCUGUGUCUGAAGGACAGUUUGGGGAGAAAUGGUGGUAACUUUUACUAGAGACUGCCCCAUAUGCCUUAAGAUUUGAAUCCCAAAGCGUAAACUGCAUCAGGUAAAAGUUAGAAUUGAAGCCAGAGACAAUAUAAAUGUGGCUACAAGACCAGAAACACGGUUUCGGGAAACUUAAUAUGCCAGAGAAAUGGGGUGCAGCACUGGUGGCCCUGUCUUGAUAGUGUUAAUGAUUCCCCACCACCACCACCACCGUGUCCCUAGGUUCUUCCUUUAAGUGUUGGAACCUGGACUGUGAUCCAGGGAAGGGAACUGUGGCUAGCUAAGGAGGCCGAGCUUCAGGUAACUUUCUGAUCUCAUGUCAACGCCAAGCCCGCAGCUGCUGGUGGCAGCUGCUCGGCAGACCCUGGGUACCGGAAAGAGAAAGGGCCCACCUCGAGCUGUCUGUCUUCACCUAGCAGGAGAGGUGCUGGCGGUGGCUCGCGGGCUGAAGCCUGCUGUUCUCUAUGAUUGCAACUCUGCUGGAGUGUUGGCGCUCCAGAGCUAUCUGGAGGAGCUGCAGGGGCUGGGCUUCCUGACAUUGGGACUUCACAUUCUUGAGAUUGGAGAGAAUAAUCUCAUUGUCAGUCCUGAGCAUGCCUGCCAGCAUCUGGAGCAGGUACUGCUUGGUACCACAGCCGUAGUGGAUGUUUCCAGCUCCCAGCUUCAUCCUUGUGUCUGUUCACUGGACCAGCUCCAGGACUUGAAAUCUCUCAUAGCUGAGAUCAUCACGCAUUUUCAAGGACUGCAGAAGGAUAAGUCUCUGGGAGUCUCCUACAGCAAGCUGCCUUCCUCAACUUGGAAUCUCUGCACUGUGUUUGGGAUACUCCUGGGCUAUCCUGUCUCUUACACCUUUCAUCUGGACCACGGAGAUGGCAACUGCUUAGCCAUGACCCCCUUGCGGGUGUUCACCGUCCAGAUUUCAUGGCUGCCUGCUCAGCCUCCACUUCUGCUCUACUCCUUCAGUGUUCCAGAGAGUUUGUUCCCAGCCCUGAGGAACUUUCUGAGCACCUGGGAGAAGGAGCUCAGAACCCGAUUUAGGACUCAGAAUGACUUUGGCGACCUCAGCAUUUCCUCUGAGAUAGUCACACUGCCUGCUGUGGCCCUCUGACUUAACUCUGCCCAUUGAGAAGGUAUUAGCGAACGCUUAUCUCUGGGUGGAAGAUGUCAGUUUAGCAUCAUUCUACGUGUCUUGAGAACAAUGUUGUUCAGUUCCUUGGCCACGUAUGUGAAUGGGGAUGGCUGCUGGUAGCAGUAGUAUGUUUUUCAUUUCUGUCAGGAGUUCCUUUGUAUUAGCAGAGGUGUCUGUCUGUUUUUCAUUGAAUAAGAAAUAGAAGGAAAGAGAGUGGGGUAAGGAGCGUUGUGGAGAUGAAGCAGUACACCCUUGGGUGCUGGCCUGCCCUGAGUGGAUGGUGCCUGAGAGGAAAAGGGAAUGACUGGGUCCUUCACAUGUUUAUGUAGCUCUAAUUGAAUUAGGAGUUGAGAGCAUAAUGUUCAGGUGUCAUACAUGUGCUGCGUUUUCCAUAAAUACACAGUUCUGAAAAAUAGUCUUGUGAGAUGAAGUUUAUUUACAGCGUUGUAAAAAAAAAAAUAAAAUAAAACUAGGAAUCUGUAUUCACUUGGAGGGAAAACCGAAGUUGUAAAGUACCAAAACUCAAGUUUUUCAGGGAGUCGUUUGCUUCUAAGCUUUUCCCCAGACAGACGCCAGAAGGUACUCAGAUCCCCAGGCUGUCUUUGUUUGCCAGGAACACCGCCAGUGCUGUAGCAAUCACCACCAUCAGCACCGGGAGCCACUGGCCACACUGCCGCUGUGUGGAAGGUGGUAGAGACAGAGAGCAUCUCUGAGUUAGUAGGAGGAAAUAUGGGCAAGAAUAGUGUUGGUGCUCUAACAGCAGAAAGCCUCACGUUGGUGGCAGAAAAGACAUUUUUGCUUCAGUAUCUCCCCCACUUUCUGUCACCUCCUUUAAGAUAAAACCAUUUUACUAGUGGCCUAGAGACUCAUAUCCAGUAGGGAACAGAUAUUUAAAUGCUGAUAUGAAUAUUCAAAAGUAGAAAAUAAUUCAUCAAAAUAAUACUCUCUUUGUGUCCCUCAAUGCUUUUUAAGUCUUCCUCCUGCCAUUGUCAUAUUUUCAUAAUAAAAGAGCUCUUUUAUACUUGA